AUGGAUCCCAUUGAUCGGCAGAAGGCCCAGGCCAUGGCGGAGUUCAAGCGAGCCCAGCCCUCGGCCAGGUCCCGCAGGGUCCUCCUCUCAAUCUCUCUCAUUUCGGUCUCCCUGCUGGUCGCCGUGGCUCAGUGGGCUCUGUCUCUGCACCCGGAGAGCUUCGACAUGGCCCCCUUCCUCGCCUGGCUCCCCGAGGUCCCCUCCGUCGACACGAAGACUGUGUUCCUCAUCUGCAACGCUAUUCUCAUCAUCGUCAUCAGGGACUCAGGUUUGAUGGGGUACCUGACGGGCGAGGAUCCCCGGGACGGUCUCUCGGAGAAGAGGGACGUCCCCCCCCGGCCGGAGAUCGAAGCGACCCCUCCAAGAGGCGUCAACCCAGGAGCAGACGAGGAAGAAGAAAAUGAUGAUGAGGAGGAGAAGGAGGAGGAAGAACCACGGCAACAAGUGAGGGAUGAUACCGACGAAUGGAAUAGAAGAUUCGAGGAAUUCAUCGAUAAGGUGAAGAAUGAUAUGUACCUUGAGACGCCGAGGAUGAUCUCUCAAGGAAUUAGGAGAUGA